ACGACCCAAGCAGCCCUCUGUCGUUGCAGGAGGGGACUGACUGAUCUUUGCCCAAACCCUGCAUCGCCUCCACUCCUCUCUCUCUCUCUCUCUCUCUCUCUCUCUCCAAAAUCACAGACUGUUAGAAGGAACGGGAUUUUGAUUUGUAGUUCCUAAGAGUUAUUGAAAGGAGAAAACUUUGUUUAUUGAAAGUUUUUCUCUGUCUUUAGUAAUGGCAACUAGUAGAGGAGGAACUGAAGAAGGGACUAAAACCCUAAAAGAAGGAGAAAGGAUAUUAGCACCAACAAGAAGACCUGAUGGAACCUAUAGAAAACCUAUUAGAAUUAGGGCUGGUUAUACACCUCAAGAUGAAGUUGCCAUUUAUCAGUCUAAAGGUGCUCUGUUAAAGAAAGGGAUGGGAGGAACUGAAGUGCCACCAGGUUAUGAUCCAACUUCAGAUGUAAAACCUAAGACAAAAUCAGCAAAGAGGAAUGAAAGAAAGAAGGAAAAGAAAGAACAGGGAAAGAGUUCAGAAUCACUAGAGGCCAAGGAAACAAGUACUGGAGAAGUAACCGCUUCUGAGGAUUUAGGUCUCAGAUCUGAAGCCGUGGAAUCAAUUGCGUGUCAGAUGAACAAGCUAGAUGUUUCUACAAAUUCCCCUGAUUUAACUAUAAAUUCAGAGGCACCUAGUCAAGAUAUCGAUAAAAAAAUUAGAGCACUCAAAAAAAAGAUUCGACAGAUUGAAGCACAAUUACAAAAAACUGAGCGGGAUGCUAUGAAUCAAGAGCAGUUAGAUAAGGUGGCAAAACUGGAGGGUUGGCAACAAGAACUUAAAGUACUUGAGGAUAAGAAAGCAGAGCAGUCAACUUCUUGAGGUGUGUUUGUCUCUGGUUGAAGGAGCUGUGCAAUAUUUAUUUGUGCUUGGGGUUCUACUCCUCUAUGGUGAGUGUUUGGAUCAACAUUUAUCUUUGUAUCUCUUUUCUUAAUUGCAGCUGCAUUUGUAGGGUCUGACCCGUUAGGUCUCAUAGAUCGAACUGUUCCUCAGUAUUGUUUCACAUAUCGCACAGAGUCAGGAUUUCUUUUUAACCAUUGAUGCUUAGAUUUGAAAUGUUUAUUUCUGUCAAUCUGCAUAUGACUCGUUAUCUGAAGGAAAUGUUAAUGGUAGAUGCUUAUUAUAGGCCUGUACUUGCCUCAACUAGAUCAUCUUUGGUUAUGUUGAUUCUCAUUAAACUAUAUAUUGCAGUUCUCAUGACCCUUGUGGAGGAAUAACCUGUAGAGUUCAUUUUUUAGCUGUAUUUGUAAUACUUCUGUAUUUUUGGAUUGGAUUUUUGUGCCUAAAACCCAAGGCGUUAAAUGUUCAUAUUAUUUGUAGAAA